GCUGAUUUUAGUCGUGUCCCGUAAUUCAAUAGAAAAUAAACCUAUGAAGCAAUAUGCUUUUAGCCGAAUCCCCCAAAGAUUCACUUAUUUUCAUCCAGCACGCGCCCCUGCAAAAUUAAUUAUUCCACCUUAGGACCGUAGCCCACACUAAAACAGUUAAACGUCAUUUUUGGUGGGAAAUAUUACGCAUAUUUACUCAACACCCCAGCCGUGAACUUGGUUGCAGACAUGGAAUGGUUGGCGUGCAAACCACGUCAGAGUUCCAAACUCCGAGAAGUGAUAAAGAAACCUCCAGAUUUCGCAUUAGAAGCACUUCCGGGAUGCUACAAGCAAGCUCUCACUUCGUGGGUAGGUGGCGCACAAGGGCUAUGCCGUCAUACUCGAGCUCCAACUCUUCUUGUACAAGCAAACUCUCAUCGUACAUGAACUCUGGGGCUAUGCUAGAAAAUGCUUCUCUGAAGAAUACCUCUUCAGUACUCAAAUUCGUUAUCAGAAUGACCCAUUGGCGAUUGCUAGUAAGUGCCAAGCUCUGGCGUGCAGUACUAUGUACGCAAAUCUGGAAAGUAGACCGUGCCGUAGAGCCCGAAGGCUUACAUUCGACAGGAUAUACGACUUACACGCCAGCCUAUCAAACCAUUCCAGUCUAUACUUCGAUUUGAGACUACAGGUCUUUGCUUUCGGAGAGGCGGAGGUCACGAUUUCACCCAUGACAUGAUGAAAUUGGAGGCACGUUAAGGUCAG